AUGUCUACCCGAAAGCGCACCCGUGACGAGGAGGACGAGGAGGAGCUCGUCUCUCUCCCUGAAGAGGAUGAUGGAGAAGAGGAAGAAGAAUACAUCUCCACUGGAGAUGAAGAAGAAGGCGACGAUGACGACGCCGACGAGGAAGAAGAGGACGUUGAUGAGGAGGAUGAGGAAGAGGGUGACGGCGAAGCUGGAGAUGCAGAGGCCCCAGUGAAUGGCGCUCAACCACCACACAAGAAGCGCAAGACCGCUGAGGAGGAAGACGUCGACAACGGCGAAGCUGCCGACGAGGAAGACGCGCAAGAGGUGGAAGAGGAGAAGGCCGCAGAGGACGAUGCCGAAGAGGCCGAGGAAGAUGAGGCAGAGGAAGACGCUACCGAGGACGCAGCCGAUGCUGCCGCCAAGGACGUCAAGGUGUCUGAAGUCCCUGCAGCGACAGACACACCGGAGCCCAAGGCUGUCACUGCCGGAGGCGACGAGUAA